UUGUACAAAAUACUCACAUAAUAUUUUAAUUUUUCAUAAUACUUAAUCAUUUUAAUGAAUUUAUUCAAAUUUAUUCAAUUAAUAUAAAGUGAAAAGAUUGAUUAAAUAUAAAAGAAAAAUAUUAUAGUUGUAUAAAUCGCUAAUUUACAAAUAUACGGAAGCCGCACGCAACUUUCUUUGAUAAUAAAAUUGAUAAAAUUUUGUUUUUGGUUUUUAUUUUGUUUGUUUUUUUUGUUGAGAAAAAUUUUCUUGAGCCGCCAAAAAUUUUUAUUCGAAUGAAAAAAUAAAAAUUAAAUAUUUUUAUUAAGUAAAAUGAUUAUUUUAAUAACAUUAAUUGUUAUUUUAAUUGCUUUAUUGACCGGUUGGAUACUGAAAACAAUUAAACGACCGCCGAAUUUUCCACCAGGUCCGAAAUGGUGGCCAUAUGUCGGAAAUACUUAUCAAUUGCGUAAGUUAGCACGUGAUAUUGGAGGCCAACAUUUGGCUUUUGAGUUAUGGGCUCAAAAAUACAAUAGUGACAUAAUAGGUUUGAAACUUGGAAGUGAAUAUGUGAUUGUAGCUUUUUCUUAUCCACAUGUAAGGCAGAUUCAUACAAACGAAGUAUUUGAAGGUCGGCCUGAUAAUUUUUUCCUUCGCUUAAGAACUAUGGGUACUCGCAUGGGAAUCACAUGCACUGACGGUGCUCUUUGGAAUGAGCAUAGAAAUUUUGCAACACGUCAUUUAAGACAAGCUGGCUACGGUCGUUUACCAAUGGAUUUACAAAUUAAAAAUGAGCUUGUUGAAUUGCUUUCCAUUAUAGAAGAUUACAAUGGUUGGCCAGUAUGGCCUGGUAAUUUUUUAGCACCUAGUGUAAUAAAUGUGCUAUGGGCACUCACUGCUGGAAAAAGAAUAGAACGACACGACGAAAGACUACAAAGAUUAUUAGAACUUUUCCAAAGAAGAACCAAAAUUUUCGAUAUAUGUGGUGGCCUUCUCAGUCAAUUUCCAUGGCUAAGAUAUAUUGCACCAGAGAAAACAGGAUAUAAUUUAAUAAAGCAAUUUAAUCAAGAAUUACAUAAUUUUUUCAUGGAAACUAUAAAUGAACACAAAAACACUUAUUCGGAUGAUAAAGCAAAAGAUGACCUUAUCUAUGCUUAUAUCAAAGAAAUGAAAGAAAGAGAAAAUGAAGUUAAUCAUACAUUUACAGAUCAUCAAUUAACGAUGACAAUCUUAGAUAUAUUCAUAGCAGGAGCACAAACUACUAGUAAUACAUUAGACUUAGCGUUAAUGAUGAUGGUAGUAAGACCUGAUAUUCAAGAAAAAAUUCAAUGUGAAAUUGAUUCAAAAUUAUCAAGUAAAGAUUUCUCUGUAGCUGAUUCAAAAAUAAAACUGCCAUUUACUGAAGCUUUCUUAAUGGAGGUUCAACGGUUCUUUCAUAUUGUUCCUAUAUCUGGACCUAGAAGAGCAUUAAAAGAUGUAAAAUUAGGUAACUACAAUAUACCAAAAAAUACGACUGUUUUGAUAGGAUUAAAAAGUGUUUUAAUGGAUAAAAAUUAUUGGGGAGAUCCAGAAUGUUUUAGACCAGAAAGAUUUCUAGAUGACGAAAUAUACACAACAAUAUCUAGCGAAUAUUUUAUGCCAUUUGGUCAAGGCAAAAGAAGAUGCUUGGGAGAUUCUUUGGCUAGAUCUUGCUUACAUACAUUUUUCGUGGGUAUUUUAAAAAAUUUUAAAUUAAAACUAGGUGCAAAAGAAACCAUUCCAAGCUUAAAUUUGAUACCAGGACUAACAUUAUCUGCUAAGCCAUAUAAAAUAAGCUUUUUACCCCGUUGAUACUUUCAAAAAUUAUAUUGGAAUAUACAUACAUUGUAUUAUGAAUUGUAACCACCUAAACGACAAAAAAAGCAAUAAAACAAAAUUUUUAUUAUUUUA